UCUAAAACUCAAUAUUCUUGGUAUAUUGAAGUGUAGGAACAAGUUUCUAAGGUUAAAUUUUGGAAUAGAGCGGCGCGGAGCUCAUUUCGAAAACUCAAAAACACCUUCAUUCUAGAUGGAUCACCACCCUCUUGAUCCGGGGCCCUUCAACCGAGAGUUACUGUAUCUUCAGCCCGAGCAUAGGUCGCAACAUAUAUGGACAUCCGACACAACGGCCGAGUCUCGGUCCGUACCCGGUUAGGGGACUCAGCAUGGGAGAUCUUAGCUGCUCGCCCCCCACAUCCUCGUGUCCUGGAUAUACUACGUCGGGGCGAUAUCUACCGGUGCGUCGAAGUUGGUCGGGUACAACACGAUAGGUCGCUAGUGACGGCAUUGAUUGAGAGGUGGCGACCGGAGACGCACACAUUUCAUCUCCGCAUCGGUGAGGCUACCAUUACCCUUCAGGAUGUGGAGGUCAUUUAUGGGCUACAGGUUGAUGGACGCCCAUUGUAUAUUGAGGAGCCUCCUGUGCUGCCGCCUUACCGGGAUGAGUUGACUAGGCUCACCGGUUUUGCGGCUCUGGAUGGUCAUAUUUCCGGCCAGAGUCGGCUUUUGUUGUCGGCCCUUUACGCUCACUUGCGCCUCACAGACAUGCAGCAUCCGAUUGGAGAGGACACGCCUCAGGCUGAUGUUGACCGACGUGCGCGUCUAUACCUACUCAUCAUAUUCGGGGCCAUCCUGUUCCCGAACACUUCGGGUUCGCAUAUGAGCUUGAGGUAUCUUCGGUAUAUCGACGAUCUCGCCGAGAUAGGAUGUUAUAGUUGGGGCGCUGCUGUGCUGGGCUACAUGUAUCGAGGAUUCUGCCGAUGUUCUAUGGGCACGAGGGUAGAGGUCCCUGCAUUUUGCUCGCUCCUUCAGAUAUGGGUGUGGACUAGGUUGAGACCUUUUCAGCCCAUACUAGCUCACCCUCCCGCUGACUAUCUUACUGUACCGAUGCCAUACGCGCGAAGAUGGUCGCGAGGCGUACGCCGACGUGCGGAGACGCACCACAGCCUUCUCCCAUUUAGGGAUCAGCUAGACCGCAUGACGGCGCAGACGGCUUUUAUAUGAACGCUGUAUGAUCAUAUUUUGGAUGAGCUGCCGAUGUUUUGUAAGGCUGGUCAGCACAUGUGGAUGUCGCGGUGUCCAUUGAUACAUAUGGAUAUCGUUGAGUAUCACGCGCCCGAUCGCGUGUUACGGCAGUUUGGGUAUGUACAGAAUAUACCCGCGGCUACGGAUUGGGAGCAUGACCACUAUACGAGGGACGAGCGUGCGGGCGUCGAUGAUGCAUGGCGACUCUAUAUGCAGCAGCAGGUCCAGAGUUGGGAUGUGAGGAUGACGAGCCUAGCGGUGGUCGGACAUGACACUCCGAUCCAUGUGUACAUGGAGUGGUACAUGCGGAUCACUCGCAUCAUUAUUGGCAACCCCUCUAGGCGUCGUCCAGAUGGCCUGGGAUAUGUAGCUCUCGCAGGAGCGUACGAGGCGCUGGUACGGACCGUUCAGACGAUGCGCUAUGAGAGCACUGCCCGUACGGAGGCCCCCGAGACGGCGGAGUAUGCAGCACGGAUGAUUGAGCUUGCCGAGACUAGUAUGAGACAGGCACAUGACUUUAAGCGUCUCCAUGAGCGUGUUCCCGGCAGGUGGUCGUGGUCGCCGAGGAGCUGGUGGCCGUCGCAGAGGUGGUAGGGCUGGCAGAGGUGAUGAGGCUCCGUCGACUUCAGAGAUCCCGCCGAGUUCUUACCGGCCGGCGACUACAGAUAUCCCAUCGACUUCUCAUUCCCGGCCGUCG